AUGCUCCUCCUUAAUCAGUCGCGACUCGUCUCGUCCCUACGAGCACUAUAUCAAAUCCGGCGCAGUCAUGCCGGACCAACCAAUCCUGGAGUUGCGGAAGAGCCGCUAUCCAGUCGCUUGAGCGAAGUCGUUCGGCAUACCUGGUAUCUGGGAUUCACGUCGUUCGGGGGACCGCCAGUUCAUUUCCAGAUCUUUCACGCGCGGUUCGUCGAGAAGGAAAAGUGGGUUGAUGAACAGACGUACCAAGAACUCUUCGCCAUAUGUCAAGGUCUCCCAGGACCAGGGUCAACAAAGAUGUUGUUUUGCUUGGCUUUGCUCCACGCGGGGUUUAUCCCGGCCUUGCUUGCAUUUUUCUUCUGGUCUCUCCCCGGCGCAAUCGGCAUGUAUGCACUCUCUCUUGGCGUGCAACGGAUCGAUGAAAAACUGCCCGCUCCAGUCUACGCUCUUCUCUCCGGCCUAAAUGCCUCAACCGUAGGCAUUAUUGCUCUUGCUGCUGUCCAGCUAGCUGAAAAGGCCAUCCGUGAUAAAAUUUCACGAAUCCUUGUAAUCUUUGGCGCAUGUGCUGGCCUCUGUUAUAGCGCACUUUGGUAUUUCCCUAUUCUUAUGGUUUCUGGUGGUGUUGCUACUGUGCUGUGGGAUGGGUUGGUGUAUCAGCAAAUUCUGAGAGCGAAGAGUGCGUGGAAAAAUAGGAAUCGGCAGCCCGAGCCGGAAGGUGAUCCCCCGGUUUCCACGGGCUUGGGGGAUACGGCUGCAAGGAAUUCAGCUCAGGAGCCGGGAAUGGAGAUGCUGCGGAUGAGAAAACCAGAUACGGGGGCUUUGCCGCAACAACAAACUAAUACCCAGGCUUCAGAAGGAAGGGAAGGGCUGUCACAGGACCAUGUGAUUCGUAUCCGUGUUGGGAGUAUGAUUGUUGUUUUCUUCUUUGUGUCCUUUACCGCCAUACUUGUCUCCAGAGCCAAAGUUUCACUACCCCCUUUGGCCCUUGAUCUCUUCGCAAAUAUGUACCUCGCCGGCACUGUGAUAUUUGGCGGUGGCCCAGUUGUCAUCCCCUUACUCCGUUCCUACGUUGUUGACCCAGGCUGGGUCUCCAGUCGAGACUUCUUAAUCGGCCUCGCUAUCAUCCAGGCGUUCCCUGGCCCAAACUUUAACUUUGCUGUUUUUCUUGGUGCACUCGCCCUUCGAACUACAUCCUACCCGACAGUCUUUGGUGCAUUCCUCGGUGGAUUAGGGAUAUUCUUCCCUGGAAUCGCUCUCGCUAUCGCGAUUCAGUCAUUCUGGCGUGUUCUACGAAAGCAGAAGUAUGUGAUCGAUUUCCUUCGCGGUGUGAAUGCAUCGGCUGUAGGAUUAGUUUUUACGGCUGUGUACCGGCUUUGGGAAAUAGGGUAUUUGAGUCCCGGGGAACGUAAUGGGCAAAGCCUGGCAAAGGAGCCCUGGUGGGUUGUUGUCGCCGCUGUUACUUAUGCUGAGAGUGCGUGGUUUAAGGUUCCACCUGCAGCGGCUAUUUUGCUAGGUGCUGUGCUUGGGUUGUGUUGGUACGGAGUCGUUGCUCCUGCCUGGUGA